AUUCAAAUUCAACUGCUUACAACAAGAAAGAAAGGGGAGAGAGGGUUUCUUUGUAAACAGUGUUAGAUACUAGAGACAUAUUUUGUUAAGAUAAGAGGAUUAAACUCCAUAAAAAUAAGUAAAUUAAUGAAAUAGAUUAUCAAUUGUAUUCAUGAUGGGAGUGUGCAUUGGGCGAGGCUUCAUUAUCAGCAACAACCAAAGAGAGGAGUUCGAGUCUCCUGCUGUCUUCAUAAUGGAGAGGCCAGUAACGGACGUAAAGUUUGUCUCUUCUCCUGAUAACUGCCCUAAAGGCUACACUAUGGUCAGGGAGUGUCCUUGUGGCCAUGAUGCUAAUCUCUGGGUGAAGUUCUUAGGUGCUAAAUCUGAGGAGAGAUAUCUCUGUUAUACCAAAGAAGAGAGAGAUGAUGGUAAGAUAGUAGAGGAUAUGUACAUACCUGGUAAAGGUGAGCGCUACAUUGUCAAAGGAUUUGAAGUUAUCAAGAAAACUGUUGAAGGUGAUGAUACACUCAACCACAGGUUCAUUGCGUACAAGAGGGUAGAUAGAAAGAGAGCAAGUACUGCAGUGUUUGAUGCAGCUGUGUUUAGGAGUAAGGACAAUCCAGCAUCAACUUUUAAGAAACUGGGAGCGAAACUCAACAAUCUCUACAUUUGCAUAAGAGUAGCUAAGUAUAAGUACAAUCCUUCAGAUCACAACCAAGCCACGCCUACCCCACCAACUAACACUCGUAAACCAUCAGUCGAUAAACCAGCCCCUCCCCUUCAGAAAAGAACGUCUCAAGAUAAAGGAACUCCGCCCGUUUCUUAUCAGUCGUCAGUAGAUGAUCCGUCAACUCAAUCUGGAGCCACACCUACUUCUUAUCAACCAUCUCCGCCCACUCAAGGAUAUAGUGCUCCGCCUACUAGUUACGGGUCUCCGCCCACUCAAGAAUAUGCUCCGCCUAUAAAUCAAGGCUAUAGUACCCCACCUACAAAUCAAGGCUACAGUGCCCCACCCACUAAUCAAAGCUAUAGCACCCCACCUACUAAUCAAGGCUAUAAUGCUCCGCCUACUAAUCAAGGCUAUAGUGCCUCACCUACUAAUCAAGGUUACAAUGCUCCGCCCACUAAUUACGGCUAUAAUGCCCCACCCACUAAUUACCCACCAGUCACUCGAAGUUAUAAUCCACCACCAACCAGUUAUGGCAGUUACGGCUCCCCGCCCAGUUCUAAUGCCCCGCCCACCAAUCCAGGAGGAGGGGGUGUGGCUUUAGGAUUUGAGAACCUUGACCUGGAUCAGCCCAUACCAGAAGACUGGACUUGGGAAGACGAAGAUGAAGACGAACAAUCAGAUUCAAUGAGACCUCCUGUCCAUGAAAUGGCUACACUAUCGAUGACUCCUAGUUUAAGCUCCGCCCCUCCUCCUCCCCCUGGGACCUAUGGCUUCUCUUCUCCCUCUUACCCUACGUCUUACGGCCCUACCGGUUACUAUGGUAACACCCCCUCGUACCCUGCCCCCCCACAACCGGGUAGUUAUGCUCCCCGGUACCCGCCCCCUCCCUCAAACCAGUACGGGUACAUGCACAGUACUGGGCAGCCUUCUUAUCAACAGGCUCCACCCCCUAGCAACCCAGCUUAUCAACAGGCCCCACCCCCUGGCAACCGGGGAUAUAGUGGAUACCCUGGGCAGUUUCCGCCUCCCUCUCAUGGUGGCGGCCAUAUUGGAUUCAAUAUUUGAAUAUAUUGACAAUGGAUGUGGUUUGUUUCAGCAACA